GUGCGUGUGACGUCAGCGCGGCACCUGCGCCAGUACGCCUGCGCGGAAAAACCAGGAAGAGCGAUGCUUCAGUUUUGUUUUGGAGGAAAGACGCAAAACAGGUUUGACCGCGUUGAGUGGCAGUCGUAGCCGCGAUGGGCUGCCGUCCCUGCAGCAGGCUGUGCUCCCGCUCGUCGGCCUACACUCUGGCCCUCGGCCUGGGCUUUGUGACUCUGGGGACCAGUCGCAUCGUGCUCCUCAAAUUCUCCGCCAAUGCUGAGAACAAGUAUGACUUCCUCCCUGCAUCCGUCAAUCUGCUCGCUGAGGCGCUCAAACUGCUCUUCUGCCUCGCCAUGUCCGUCAGGGUGAUCGUCCGAGAGGGACGAUCGUGCAGAGAGUUGGGCUGUUCCUCCAGCUCCUCUUUCCUCCACUCGCUGAAGUGGGCUGUUCCCGCUUUCCUCUACUUCCUCGACAACCUCAUCAUCUUCUAUGUGAUGACGUACCUGCAGCCGGCCAUGGCAGCGCUGUUUUCCAACUUUGUUAUUCUGACAACAGCUGUUCUCUUCAGGAUAGUGCUGAAGAGGCGCCUGUCCUGGGUUCAAUGGGCAGCACUAUUCAUCCUCUUCCUGUCCAUUGUUUCCUUGACGACGGGAUCAGGGGGCAGCCAAAACUCUGUGCCUGUGCCCGGCCUCCACUCGAACCCCCUCUCCACCCCGUCGAACUCCUGCCUCCUCUACACGCAGCUGCUGGAGCAGAUGAGGAACAGCAGUGCCAGUGAGUCGUGGGUGUCGUCCCUGCCCGGGCAGGCCUGGAGGGACCGCGUGGUGGAGAAGCUUCGGUCUCUCGGCGUGGGUCACAUCCUGCUCCUCCUCCAGUGCUUCAUCUCGGCCAUGGCCAACAUCUACAACGAGAAGAUCCUCAAAGAAGGAGACCAGCUCACCGAGAGCAUCUUCAUCCAGAACAGCAAACUGUAUGCGUUUGGCGUGGUGUUUAACGCUCUGACCCUCGGGCUGGGCAGCGAGGCUCGAGGUCUCACGGUGCACUGCGGCCUCCUCCACGGACAUAACGUCUACUCGCUCUGCCUGGUGCUCGUCACUGCUGCGCUCGGUUUAUCUGUGGCCUUCAUCUUGAAAUUCAGAGACAACAUGUUCCACGUGCUGACGGGCCAGAUCACCACCGUCCUGGUCACCGCCCUCUCCCUCUUCCUCUUCGACUUCCGCCCGUCGCUGGACUUCUUCCUCCAGGCUCCCACGGUCCUGCUGGCCAUUUUCAUCUACAACGCCAGCCGGCCCAAAGACCCGGAGUACAGCCUGCAGCAGGAGAAGCUGCGGGUCAUCAACGGAGAGGUGUUCGAGCGGUCCAGAGGGGACGGCGAGGAGCUGGAGCUCCUAACGAAGCCCAACACGGACAGCGAAUCUGAGGAGGAGUCCUUGUAGGACGGACUCUGAGAGACGAGCGUCUCCUGUCACGGACUCUGUCACGCGACUGACUGUCAGCGGGUGAACCGUGAGUGACAGCCCUGAUGGAUUGUGGGACGGACUCUGUCGGACUCUUGUGGUAAUAACUAAGACUUUUGUGUAGAUAUUGAAAUGUGCCUGUCUGCGAGCGAGCGCUGUCGCAGUGGACGAGGCAUCGGUGUGUCCGCCGCUGGGAAACGAUUGUCACUUUAUUUUCCAUUUGGGAUAUUUUUUUUUGGUUUUGGAUUUAUUUGAUUCCUGAUGUUUGUGCAGCUGUUUGAUUGAUGAGUUUAACCCUCGUGUUGUCCUUUGGGUCAGAAUGACCCCAAAUUAAAUCUUUUAAGUUUUUUAUACUUACGUAAACGAGGUCAAUUGGCCCUAAAUUCUAAAACGAAGGGAAAAAUGUGGUUUUGGGUCGGACUGAAAUAAGACUAAAGAUGUUACACAGAAUUGAUUCAAUCAAGCCAGGCGAGGUCAUUUUGACCCCAGAGGACAAACGGUGAAUGGCAAUCGGGAGGAAUUUACGAGUGACCAGCAGCUUCAGGGUUAAAUGAUUUUCAGGCUUUAUACUGUUUAAAGUGACAAUAUUUAAAGAAUGUGGAAAUCUAUCGCUUCACGAAAUCACCAUCAAACGGCUCGUGUUUGCAUUACAGCGCACAGAGCCUUUUAUUCUCCUGCUCGUGUAUUUUCUUCAGCCGGAUCCAGAGCCGUGAGCAUUUACAGAACUGCCUACUUAAUAUUCCCGAAUUUCUGACAGCACAAAAAAUGGCUCCUGGUUCUCUUACUUGGCCUUGAAUUUUUUUCUUUUUUUUUGCGAAAGAUUGAUGUAGUGAAACUGUGAUAUAAUUCAUUUUUUUGUGCCAUAAACUUUGAACACGUAUGCUAGUUGUUCUGAAAUAAACUGCAAGUGAAGUGCUUUAA